CUACCUCGCGAGACUUGGUGGGCUCCUCCCUCUUUCUUUUCUGCCACCGCCAUGCCAUCCAGACUGAGGAAGACCCGGAAACUCCGGGGCCACGUGAGCCACGGCCACGGUCGCAUCGGUAAGCACCGCAAGCACCCAGGAGGCCGCGGGAAUGCUGGAGGCAUGCACCACCACAGGAUCAACUUUGACAAAUAUCAUCCAGGUUACUUCGGCAAAGUUGGCAUGAGGCAUUACCACUUGAAGAGGAACCAGAGCUUCUGCCCAACUGUCAACCUGGAUAAAUUAUGGACGUUGGUCAGCGAGCAGACACGGGUCAAUGCAGCAAAAAACAAGACUGGAGUUGCUCCCAUCAUUGAUGUUGUUCGAUCAGGCUACUACAAAGUUCUGGGGAAGGGGAAGCUCCCUAAGCAACCUGUCAUCGUGAAGGCCAAAUUCUUCAGCAGAAGAGCUGAAGAGAAGAUAAAGGGUGUUGGAGGUGCCUGUGUUCUGGUGGCUUAAAGCCACUAAAGAGGUUAAUUAAAUGCAAACAUUUUCCAUGUGGUC